CAUGCACAACAAGGAUAAAUACACAGGAAGAUGGAGAGAGUUUGUUUGUUUAUUAAUUUAUUUAAUUACAAGGUUGUGGGCAUUUUUAAUAUCAGCUUUGUAACCUAAACAAUAAUACAUUAUUAUUAUUAUAUUGCAUUAUUAUAAUAAUUAUUAUGCAUUAUUAUUAUUAACAAUAAUACUACUAACUACUAAUAAAAAUAAUAAUUGUUUUAAUGAUGACAAACAAAAAAAACAAUUAAAACAAUACUGUAUGGAUUUCGAUAUAAACUCUAAAAAUAAAAAUACAAAUAUAAAAAGUUAAACUAAUAAUCAGUUUUAAUUAAUAUUUAACUAACUACUUUAAUGUACAAAGAGCUGUUCUGCACUAAACACUAUUGUAUAUACAUACUAAAAAAACAUACUAAACAAUAAAUCCUCAGCUAAGGCCUAAUGAAGUUAGAGUGAAAGAAUUCCAAAUUUAAUUCACUGUAUUGAAAUUGAACUCAUGUAAUAUAUAGACUAUACAGUGUAGAUCACAGGUUGGGUCACCAAAACAACCAAACAAAAAAGUGAAAGAAAAAAAAAACACAGUGUGUCCAUUGGACUUGGUGUACAGUGACUAGUCUUAUAAACACUAACUGUGUAAUGUGGAUCAGAAGGAGUUCAACCCCAAAAUCUAGAAACCCAAACACUGGAAGUUUCCAAAGUGUGUAAAUAAACCAUUACAGGAGGGGAUGAAUGGAGUGUCACAGCAGAUGUGACGAAAGGCCUGUAUUUCAGCACGGCUCACCUUAUUCAUAUUCAUACAGCGCCUUCACAGCCCAGGAUGUGUCAGAGAAACACGUUAAUUUAUACAUCUAGCUCUCGAGUGUGCGUCUCCCACUGGAAACGUCCAACAGCCGCCGUGGACUUUGACUCGGUCAGUAGAGGAGAGGGGGGUCAGGUGGUGGACUGAAGACGAUGCUGGAUGCCAUGGAAGUCCCAAGUCAUGCUAGGCACCUCCUCUUGCAACUGAACACACAGCGCACCAAGGGCUUCUUAUGCGACGUAAUUAUAGUGGUGCAGAAUGCUUUGUUCCGUGCUCACAAGAACAUUCUGGCUGCCAGCAGCCUCUACCUUAAGUCACUUGUUGUCCAUGACAACCUUAUCAACCUGGAUCAUGAGAUGGUGAGUCCAGGAGUCUUUCGUGUCAUCCUUGACUACAUCUACACAGGACGUUUAAGCGAAGGUGACCCCACCUCUCCCACAGAGCCCAAUAUUGGGGCAGUGCUGGCAGCUGCCAGCUACUUGCAGCUGCUGGACUUGGUGGCGCUGUGCAAGAAAAAGCUGAAGAGAACUGGGAAAUACCACUUACGGCCCACAGCAGGGUUUCUGCCUUACAGUAAAAUAGGUCCCAGUGGGGUGGUGGGGGGGAGGCUGCGUGUGUCCACUCCAGUGAUCCAGCCCUGCUUUCCCAGUGGGGUGAUGGGUGGCCAUACACCACGAGGCCCACAGCUUGAUGAACUACAACCCCACCCCCUGCUCCCCCACCACGCUGGAGAGCUUUUUGCCCCAGUGUCCACACAGGGCCCACAGCCCUAUACACCCACACAGGCAGCUUUGCCCCCACAGACAGGUCUACGACUGGCCUCCAAUGACAGAAUCUGCUCACCAAUAUAUGGACUGGACCUGUCCAAGAAGAGCCCUGGCUCCCAGUCCCAGCAGCAUCUGAGCCACCACGAUGAGGAGCCUGAGGGGGAACUGAGCCACCGCACUAGCCCCAUGCUGAGCCCAAGAGAAAGUGCCGGAAAAAUGGAGGCCAUGCACCGGGCAGGCUCUCUGACCCCACACUCCUUUCCCCUCCUCAAUCCACCACUUGCAUCACAUCACCCACACCUACAGCGCUCCAACUCCCAGGGCCAGGAGCCAUACCCCUGCCCCCCCAGCCCUGAGCCAUCUGAGGAACCAGGAGAACGUGGGCGGGAGGUCCCCAGCAUCUACCGCUGGGUGAAGAAUGAACCAAUGCCCUAUAAUGUGGAGGAUGAAGAUGAGGAUGAAGAUGAGGAAGAUAGUGGGGGCACAGCGGAGCAGGAUAAAGAGGUGCACCACCACAAGAAUGGCGAGGAGAAGCUGAACCUGAGCGAGGGAGGCUAUGGCCGGGGAAUGAACUGUGAUGGUGAGGAUGAGAAUGGGACAGGUAGCGAGGAGACAGGCAGCAGCGAAGGCCGGCCAUCCCCCCCUGGUGCCCGCGGUAGGUAUCAUAUGCCCUACGAGCCAGAGAGCUUCGGAGAUAACCUGUAUGUGUGUAUUCCCUGUGACAAGGGCUUCCCCAGCUCAGAGCAACUGAAUGCCCAUGUUGAGACUCAUGCAGAGGAGGAGCUUAAUCCUGGGGGAGAGCUGGACAGCAGCAAUAGCAACAGCACAGGAAAACCUGCCAAUACCAAUGGUCCUGCAAGCUUGAACAACACCGGCAGCCUCCACAGCCCUUUUUUGGAGAGCAAAUCAGGACAAAAUCUGCAUCCUAUGGGUAUUGGUGAAAUGAUUCGUCCAUAUCGCUGCUCCUCCUGCGAAAAGUCCUACAAAGACCCGGCCACCCUGCGGCAGCAUGAGAAAACACACUGGCUGACACGCCCAUACCCAUGCAGCAUCUGUGGCAAGAAGUUCACUCAGCGCGGCACCAUGACCCGCCACAUGCGCAGUCACCUUGGCCUGAAGCCCUUUGCCUGCGACGCUUGCGGAAUGCGCUUCACCCGGCAGUACCGGCUUACUGAGCACAUGCGCAUUCACUCCGGUGAGAAACCCUAUGAAUGCCAGGUGUGCGGUGGCAAGUUUGCCCAGCAGCGCAACCUCAUCAGCCACAUGAAGAUGCACAGCAGCGGCGGGGCAGGCACAGGGAUUGGAGCUGAUGGUAAGCUGAAGAUUGACUUCUGCGAGAGCAUUUAUCCCCUCAGCAAGUAUGCGGCCGAGCACCUGGGCCUAAAGCAGGAGAAAGCUUCUGAGCUCCUGGCGCAGGCCUCUCAGCACCUGCUGGCUGAUGCCAAAGCCAUAGAGAGCCUCUAUCCACUGUCCAAACUGACUGCCGAGCACCUAGGCCUCACUCACGACAAGAUGGAUGUCCUGCCACUGCCACCCAUCCCCCAGAGUCUUCCAGCAGAGGCCCGAACCAUUGACCGCUACUCCCCCAGCUAGAGAGAGGAGACUGCCAACCUUGCCCUUAAAUGCCACGGCUCAGCUGGCCCAGCUAUGACGCGUCACUGUAUACUGCCCACAGUAUUUCAACUCUCACCUCAACUUCAUCUGAAUCUGCACCUCAGACACAGGAGGCCAGAACUGUCGGCCGUGAAAAUGCACACAGACUGUUGACUUCUAAAAGUGCCUUUCUCUGCACAUUUUGCAGUAUAUGCUUUUUAUUUUUUUUUUCCUAAAAGGAGAACUGCGUUAUUUAUAAUCCGAUCCAAGACAUGGACACACUCACUUAACAGUGCAGUAUUUAUAUAUAAAAACAACUUCCAUUUUGUUCAGCCACCAUGCCAGACAAUCAAUUGAAAACCAAAAAGAGAUUUUUUUAUUUAUUUUUUUGUUUUUGUAUGUAAGCAAAGCCAAAGAAAAUAGAGCUGCAGUCAUAGCCCAAACCUGUGUACUAAGUGUUACUAGUGUAUAUAGAAUGAGACAAACAAGCACAUAUGAACAAUUUCAGGGCUUCUGUCCAGGAUGGAAAAGGGAGUCUGGACUAAAGAAAAAAGCCACAACCACAUCUUUGGGAUUUUAUAGUGACAUUUUAUAUAUAAAAAACUUUUUGGAAUACUGGAUAUCUCCUGUAUCUCAGUUUCCUGCUUUACUGAGUGGCCCAGCUUUUCUAUACAAAAGGGAGCAACUAUGUGAAGACAGUGUUUGUUCCAGCACUUUGGUAAAGUGAUCUAAGCUUUUCUAUGCAUCCAUGCAGCGAAUCCCAUCAGUGAUGAAUAUCCAGAGUGUCUUAUAUAGGCUGAAUUAUUUUUGCAGUCAGAGACCUUCAACCCUUUUGUAUUUUUCUACCACCCCCCCACCUCCAAACCCCGACAUAUUACUUGACAUCCAGCCAAGUGUCUUGAAGCUUGUUGUUCAAAAAGUAGCACAGCUCAGCCCUGUGAGCUCACAUCUGGGCUAUCAUUGCACAUACUCUGGUCAUGACACAGUAACUCGUGUCCACAGCUUUCUGUCCAUAUGGUGUGCUAGACUAAGCAGGGGCGUUGCCUUAAAAAAUCGGGUAAUAUUUACAAUGCAGCCCAGAGUCUUCUCCAGGAGGACACAGCGAACCCAUUAGAGAGAGAGCAGCCAACCUACAAUAGCAAUACUCAUAACCAAACAAAUAACAAGCGGAACAAAAGCACUUUUCUCCAGAUCCAGUGUAUAUAAACUCUAUCCAAGUAGCCCACAUCACUUGAUAAAUGAGGAAUCUAACAGCAUCCACAGUACGUAAGAUUCUAUAAUCAGAGAAUUGUCUCAGAGAGCUGUAAAGGCCCGGUUGUGUCAGUGUUCAAGUUCUGUCCUGGUGUUCUUUCAUGGCCAAAGCAGCAUCACUGCUUCAUGCCUGCACACACUGAGUUGUUAAUGUGACAGCUAUGAGGAUUAGACGCAGGGUGCUCUCUCUGACACCAUGAACACAGUUAGGGCUCAGCAGGCUCGCUGCAGCUGCUCCACUCAGGAUAAGCCCUGUGAAAUCCCCGAUUCUCUCAGACUGUUCGCACUGUCUGUCGGCCUGAUCCUAGAUUUCAUGGCUGCUGAACGGUUGCUGUGAUCUACACGCUGCCUAGAUAACACCCCCACCCCACCUGCCCCAUAAACUACAAAUAGCACACACCCAAACGUCCCAAGAAGCCACGGAUAUUGUAGCAUUCUGCUUUGCAACAUUAGUGAAAAUCCUGCCUUAAUCUUAAGUCAUAUUGUGAUUACACGGGCUAUGUGUUUUUAUUUUAUUCCGCACCCUAGCUUGUUCUGAUAAUCCCAACUUAACAUAAAGGCCUUUCUCAGUUUUUUCUUUUUUUGUUUCUAGUUUAUUUUAUCAAAGGGGGGUUUGUUGACCACUAGUGACAAUGUAAACCUCAGUAGGUGAAUGUGAAGACUUAAGCCACAAAUGCACUGUGAUAGGACUAAUGACCCUUCCAGCUUUAGUGAAUUUACUGAACAUGUUACAGAAGUAUUGGAGGCAACCGCAGUAAUCUGCCUUCCAGAGGUUUUAUUCUGUAGCACGUCGUCAUAUCAAGUUGGUGUUUGCAUUUUUAAAAAAUAUAUUUUGGUUUUUGUUUUGGUUACUUUUGAGUGAACAUUUGAGUGUUUGACUCGUUCUGUUUUUUUUUUUUUUUUUUUUUUUAAACCAAAGCAAAGUGAAACUGGUGCUUACCUCAGGACCUGACCCAUCUCAGUAUGGGGACACAAAGCUUCAGCAAUAGGUCAGCGUGCACACACACAUACACCAAAAACACACAAACACACACCUUCUGAAGGGAGAAUUGUCUGUCCUUUGUUUUAAACCUGUGGUAAUUUCAAGAAUAUGAAAAUUAUGUUCACUUUGUCGAUUUUAUUUUUACGGUUAUGUAAUUAUUAACAAUGUUUCUUUACUGAGUAGCUUAUUCAACUGUACUUCUGUUCGUAUGUUUCCGAACAAAAAAAUAUAUACUGUGGUCAGGUUGUAAAAUGGUAAGUUUACAUCAUUCACUUGCCAUACAAGGCAAACUGAGCAAUUAAACUUUGAUGAAGCUUUGAUGAUACAAUUUGCUAUUUCUAUAAUAUCCCUCUCUGUGCACCUGUAAACACUCCAGUGAAGGCUGGGCAGCUUUGAAAUCACAUACGCACACACACACACACUCACUCACUCGCGCUCACACACACACUCUCCAGAGCACUCACACACUCUCAGAGCUCAGAGCAAUGGCAGACGGCAACAUCAGUCCUCAGUCCGAGAUGUUAAUGUUAUGCUGUAUAUAAAAUGCUAUGUGUUUAUCAAUAAUUCCCCUGCAAUGAUAAACACUUGGUGGAGUUGGUAAGGGAGAAGCAUAGUUUGGAAAGUUGAUUGACCCGUCUGUUCGGGGUGUGGCUGAAGGAGCUUCAGCUGAGGCCUUGGCAGAGAAGCGCUGAGGUCUUUGUAUACACUGACUAUUAAACCACACACAAGGAACCAGCUUGUUUGGGGCCGAGACAGAUGCUGCGAUUUCCCAACACUCUUUAAGUGGAUAGCAGACAUCCAGAAAUUCCUCCCGACUUAAUUUCGCAAAACACACACACACAUAUACACACACAUACACACACACACACGAAUGAAAAACAGUCUGGGCACAUGGGUUUGUUUGUAUCCAGAAGAAAUCCAGAGUGUAAACGGGAUACAAAUCUACUGCCUCGAGGCUCCGAACAAUAUUGCCGCUAUCAUAACAGCGUGAGCGGCGGCCGCAGACGUAUUAAUACACAUUGAGGAGAUGUGACAUACUAUUUGAAGUGGAUUUCAGUGGUGGGAAUAUAAAUCUCACACUCCCCUUCUCCACCAUUCAUUAAGUCACUCUAGUGGAGUACCUCUCUCUCUCUCUCUCUUUGUGUCUUUCUCUCUUGUGCUUUACCUCUUCCCCAAAGACAAAACACGAGGGAAAAAGAGAGAGAGAGAAAGAAAGAACUUAAAUAUGUUCCACUUGUGAUCCAGAUCUGUAGAGGAAUGAGAAUGAGAAGGUAUCUAUUUUCUGAGUUGUGUUGUCUGUAGGUUUUGGGAGACUUCUAGUGGUAACAGGCCCAGAGGAAUGUGCCGUAUUUGCUUGUGUGUGAAGGUUGACAUGCUCGUCUCUUGUCUUGUCUCCAUCGAGGCUCUUAAAUAUAAAGAUUCCUGCGUGUUUCUCGUAAGGGAUGUGUGGUUCUUUGGGAAAAAAAGAUCUCAUUUACAAAACAUGAUUCUGAAAGGGAGCCUUUUCUGGUACCUUUAUUUUUAAGAGCGCAUGGGAGCUGCUUUGAGAGUGUGAAGAGCACAUGUGUUUAAUGUUGAGCUGGAUGGAUAGAGCGGACUUGAGCAGGGGAAGUGAACUUUUGGCUCGGUGGUAGCAGUCCGCAGGAUGUGCGGUGUGGUUCUGCUCAAAGCCAGAUAGGGAGAUGAAGAUAUGGAGCGAGGGAGUGUUAGAGAGAGAGAGAGUGAGAAAGAUGGAAGGAAAGAGAAAGAAACAGUCUGAGCAGUGGUUCUUUAAGUCUCUUAGUCUUAGGUUUAGACUCUUCUCCAUUGAGGAAAGGAAUGCAACACUUGGCCUUCUUAGUCUAAAACUUUUCAUUACUUUCUUCUACUUCUUCUUCUACCUCAUGCCUUUUGCUUUUCUUUACGCCGCAUAGAGACAGUGUUUGACAGUUUACAGAGAGUCGUUAACCCUCUGGUCACCCUUCGCGUCCUCGGAAUGGGCCAAGUGAAGAAAAGCAAAGCUUGAGAGAUGAAGUGAAAUAUGUGGAACAAUAUACUGUACUAACCAUACUUCAUGAAGCGGUCCAAGGGAAAUAUUCCUCUCAGUCUGAGGAAGCUCCUUCAGUCAGAGCAGAAACCAAAGCUUACUGAAGCCAGCCUUAAAGUUUAUAUUGAUGGAAUCCACUCAGCGGAGAGAGUGUUCGCAGGACAUAUAAACAGCCAAAUCAAAAGCGGAUUACUGCAUUACUCCUGCUGUUUAAAGGACGGCCAUUGUGGUCCCGAUAGUGGCACAAUUCCAGUCGGCUAGGGUUCAAGUGGUAUAGAUCUGUGGUGUCAGCUCAAGGACGAACGCUUGCAUGCUGCUGAGAUCUUCAUAUCUCGCCUGUACUCUAGAGAUUCUCGAGAAGUUUCUUAUCCAAAAUCGUGCCUCAAUCCUCUCACUUCCUUGCAAGAGUUGGUGCAAUCUAUGUUGGGUUUUUGCUUAUUUUGCAAGCUCCUACCACAUUUAGAUCUAUAGAUGUAGAUAGUGGACGACUGUGAGGUUUGACUGAUUGAGGACUCUUUUAACUAAAAAAGCCUUUUGGAAGCUGUGGUUUGGAUGCUGUUUCCCUGCCUGUGUGAAGUCUUGCUACUUAGGAAAUAAAAAUUACCCCAUAAUGCACCUGUCCAUCUGCCUUACUUUCCUCCCGCUACCUCUCAGCUCAGAGGUAGAGAGUGUGCAAUUGAGCAUGUGAGUAAAGAGUGCAAGAGAGCGAAAGAGCGAUAGAGCCUCGACACACUCCACAGCUUUUAUUGCAUUCAGCUGUUUCACGUUGACUCGUAAAGAGGGCACAUCUUCUGGAGAAAUCAUCACCUCAUGAUUGCACUCGCCCCCGAGGCCUCUGACAUGUCUCUGACAUCUUCCCUCUCUUUCUCUGCACCGCUCCCUUUGCCUCUACCCACUCGCCAUCCAUUCUCCUCCCAAUCUAAUCCAGCAUUCUUUCUCUUUCUCCUCACGCUCCUCUGUAAGCAUCUCCCAAGUGCCCCCUCCCACUGGCUGACCCACCGCUCUGACCACUAGCCCACAGCCGCGCCUUCUGAUGAAGUGGCGUCCAGCUGUUCUUCAUGCUGAAGAAGACAGUUGUCUAAAUGUUUAUGCGAACAACUACUUUCUUUCCCUUCACGCCCUGAUCGAGUUCCACGGUGAACUCGAAGGCAUGUGUUCCUAUUCUCUGUGGGGCAAGAGUGGCCAAAUAAACAGCAGACUGGCCUAUUGUCUCAGACUUAAUAACUAUCAAAAUAUACCAGAGCUGGAGAUAAAAGAGGGAGUUUUGUGAUUAAGGAAGCGCUUGAUGAUACAAAAGGGAAACAGACAAGGAUGAGGGAGAAUGCGCUGAGUAAAAAGAUGCUUGGCAGCUUUGUCUUCUAUUAUGUUCUCUAAAAAUAAAGGUUCCUAAAUGGUUCUUGGCAGAUUUGAGCAAGCAUACUUAUUUAACAGUACUACUAAAUAUAAAGAAUAUGUUUUUACAUGCAAUUGUUCUUAGGACAGUGCUCAGGAACCUCUAAAAUCUAGAACAUCUUAGCGUCCCUGAGCACUACUUUCAUAACCAUUCUUUUAAAUAAGCAUUGAUUGAAAAGUUCUUAAGUUCUUUACUGAACCAAAUGUAGUCUUAGCUUUGCUUUUAAAGGAAACCUUUUUUGGCACCUUCAUUUUGAUGGACAGAUGGAGGCUAAAUGGCUAAGUGGCAACACAUUUGAACUCUUGAGAAAGAUCAAGGAGACAAGAUUAAUGUGCUUCUACUUUCCAGUCACUUCAGCAAGCUUGUCAGCUUCUGGGACAGGUUAGGACUCUUCACUGGGCCUCAGAGUGAUCUUUAAAGCAAGGACAUGGUUUCUUUGUUAUAGGAAGCUUGUUUUUUUCGGAGUGGCAUUGAAUGACAGCAUCGUAGCAAGCUGGGUUUUGCAUUUCCAUUUUAAAGCUUGUGCCCUGAGCGUGGGUAUCAGGUUACCGGGCCCUCAAAUUAUCACCCCAUCUUCCCACGCCGGGAACAGGCUCUCCGUGUUCCUGCAGCGAGGAACCGCGGCCACCGAUGGUUUCUUCAGCCUGUUUAGAUUGGCACAUUUGCUCAGCUGUACCCUCUCCAAGCUCCGAAACGAACUGAGCAGGAGGCCGACUGGGCGAGAUCAGACAGACGCCGCAGGCCGCAUGUGAACGGACAGACAGCGCAGAGCUGCCCAUACGUUUGUUUAUAUUUGUGCGCCGGCUCUAGCGCAGCUUCAGUUCGUCCAGCUGAGGAAUUCGAGCGAGCGUGUAAACAAAAGGGUGAAGUUUAACGCGGGGAAAAUGGCAGAACGGAGUGGCUGAUGUUAUCGUGAGGCUGAUAGUCAUGCAUGACCGCACACACACUCAAACACACAGACGCUGACACACGCAGCUGGAUGGCGGGCAGCCCUGUCACUGGUCCUCCGUUCCAGAUUAGGUCAGAUUUAAUUAGUCUGCCCAGUUCUUUUUGGAGUGUCGCUUUGAGUUGGAAAAGCCAUUACUAAGACACAGGCUGUGUUUCUGACGGCCUGGAUCAGAAUAUCAGUGGGGAGACUGGACGAUCCACACACAUGCGCAUACACAAGCACUUACGCACCCACAGCAUGCACACUUACACAAACCCAUGUCCAUAAAGUUUUACGAAUUAGUAGCAUAUCAACAUAAGAGUGAGAGAGAAAUAAUAAAACAGACAAAGAAAAACAGAACUGUGAGCCAGAUAAGAAAGCAGACAUGCUUUGAAAGUAGACCUGAAUCAGAGGCAUUCAGAGACAGUAAUUAUAUUAGGACUUGCAGACAAAAAGGAAGGAAAAAAACUCAGCUGACUGCGGACGUUCCCAUUGCUUCCCAGCCAACCAACACACCAGCACGUCUGUUUUGGUUUCAGCGAUCACCAUUACUUCUUGUUCUGAACUUAAUUCAAAUAUAAUACAAUUCAAUACACCACUUUCAAGUGCUUUCCUGCAAGAUUUACGUGACUUUAAAAACCAAAAACAAGCAAUACCAAUAAAACCAAGCAGUAUUUUUCUACAUUUCUACAUCGUCAAUAAUGUUUUCAUCGUUACAAAUUGCUUUUUAGUGAAAUGAAUGUAUUUAUUGCAUGUCAAAUGUUUUAUCUUUUUUUUUGUAUAAAUUUCAAUUGUGGGAUUAAAAUAAUGUGUUCUUUUCUUGAUUAGGCUUUUAUUUGUUUUAAAAGCCGUUGUGAAUUUUUUAAAUUUUUGUUCGAUUGCAUCUGUAUUCUAAAUCAACUUGGCAAUAAAAUUCAUUGCAUAAUGGUUUCACAUACACA